AUGGAAGGGGGAGAGGAGUUUCAAGAAGAAGAUGUGUGGUCAGUUUUGAGAGAAAAAGAAUCUCCAGGUCCUGAGAUGAAAGUCUCCAAAAGUAACAAUCUCUUCUCGGAGUCUUCUUCAUCUUCUGCGAGGUACAUUCCUAAGGGCAAGGAAGUCUUAGGGGCAAAACAGUCAUCUGCUCCAAUGAAUGUUCCUGACUGGUCCAAGAUUUAUGGGAACACGAAGAAGAACUCAAGAAGCAGCCAUAUGCAUUCAUCGGCCAUUCAUGACGAUGACGACGAUGAAGACUCAAUGGUUCCUCCACAUGAAUUGGUAGCAAAAAGGCUCGCAAGAACACAGAUCUCAUCUUUCUCCAUGUGUGAAGGAAUAGGAAGAACACUCAAAGGAAGGGAUCUCAGCAAAACGAGGAAUGCUAUCUUAACCAAAACAGGUUUCUUGGAAUCGAACAUCACAUCAACAUCACCACCACCAUAG